UCAGUCUCUCUAAGUAGACGUGGCAGUGACGUCAAUUCCGGAAAUGACCCGGAUCGGAACUUUAACAGAAGGGCUGGUUACUUCUCAUCUGAAACGUCGAGAAGCCUCGUUAAAAAUGUUGUGAUAUCGACUCAAACAUGCGCAUGUUUAUGAAGGACACUCCACCUUGGAUGUAGGCUUGUCGGCACAUCUGGUGGUCAUCCUAUUUUGUGAUUAUCAGACCGGCUUCAAGAGGAACAUCCAGCAGUUUGGAGCGGUCCACAGCGGGUUCCUAACCCUUCAACCGGCGGCACGAUGACGUGCCGCGACCGAACCCUCGAGUUCCAGUCGGCCUGUAAAUCUCUCCAGGGCAGACAGCAAAAUGGAGUGCAGCCCAGUAAGCCAGUUCACAACGCCCUCAGGCAACACAGUGACUUCACGCUUAUGGCCAAGAGAAUUGGAAAAGACUUGAGCAAUACGUUUGCCAAAUUGGAAAAACUCACUAUUUUGGCGAAGAGAAAAUCUCUAUUUGACGACAAGGCGGUGGAGAUAGAGGAACUCACCUACAUCAUCAAGCAAGAUAUCAACAGCCUAAACAAGCAGAUUGCACAGUUGCAGGACUUGGUGAGGUCCCGAGGCGCUCCGGGUGGCCGACACAUCCAAACCCACUCAAACACUAUCGUGGUGUCGUUACAGUCUAAACUGGCAUCAAUGUCUAAUGACUUCAAGUCAGUCCUAGAAGUCCGAACUGAGAACCUGAAGCAGCAGCGCAGCAGGAGAGAGCAGUUCUCCCAGCCUCCCGUGGCGACUUCUCCUAUGAUGGCCAACAACUUCAGGAGCCGCAAAAAAGGGGCCCAGGAGCCGCAUGCAGCUCGCGAGCCGCGCAAUGACUACCAGGGCUAUACAACCUCAAAUUUAAAAGAGAGCUCGGUCCUGAUGCAGGAUGAGUCCCGGAGCAUGGGGGAUGUGGCCAUCGAUAUGGACUCGCAGAGCAACCCUUUGCAACUCCAGCUCAUUGAUGAACAGGACUCAUACAUCCAGAGCCGUGCCGACACCAUGCAGAACAUCGAGAGCACAAUCGUGGAGCUGGGCUCUAUAUUCCAGCAACUGGCUCACAUGGUGAAGGAGCAAGAAGAAACCAUCCAGAGGAUUGAUGCCAACGUGGAGGACACACAGCUGAACGUGGAGGCCGCACACACAGAAAUCCUCAAAUACUUCCAGUCGGUCUCCUCCAAUCGGUGGCUGAUGAUCAAGAUCUUUCUCGUCCUCAUAGUUUUCUUCAUCAUCUUCGUCGUCUUCUUCGCGUAAAGAAAAGCACAUCAGAUGAAGCUAAAGCUGGACCAGGAGGAGACGUCAACACAACAGACUUCUUUCUAACGGUUUCAUGGAGGCCUGGGAUUAAUUUAAACAAACGUGAACUCAACCAUUUAUUUCCCAGCUGUGGACUCGCAAUAAAGUACUUUGGUGAAGAAAUGAAGUGAUUGAGCUCUGUCCAAAUAAAACCAAUAAAUGGUGUUAAAAUCUCCACUGUUUGUAGAGAGGAAAAUCUGCUCUGCAUUGUACUUUGACCAACUAUUUGUAAACAUUUAAUCAAAAUGGCUGUAAUUUAAUAGUUUGAUUCUGCAAACUGUCGUAUAAUUUAGAUUUAUUUCUUCCUCUUUAUCUCCUUUUUUCGUCAUCCAUUUUCUACUUUUAAUUCUAAGCCAAACAGUAGAACCAGAAUCUAUUCUCAUGUUGGUUUGCGUUGUUUUGCUGGGAGAGAUAAUAUCUUGUCUAAUCAUUAAUUCAUCAUUCAUUUAUGCUGUGAACGUUUUCUUACCCAGUUAGAUUUUGUUAUGCUUUCAAAGUUUAUUUGCCAAAUGGGCAAAUGGGUGAUCUCUUUAACCUGUGACAUGAUACAAAGAUGCUCGAGAGGUCGGGUACAUUCAGCUGAACUCUGCAGAAUAAUUUAGACAGUAUAGAAAUAUAUUGAAACCGUUUUCACUGGAAAUGUCUGCCAGCCCUCAGCCAGUUUCAGUUAUUAAAGGGAUUAAGACUCAUGCGGUGCCCCAGAGAGGAUCAGUGCUUAUGAAAGGGUUUCUUUUUGGCUCAAGCUGCCAGAUUCCCUGGAAGUAUCUGGUUGGUUCCCACCCCUCUGUAUCUAAUGUACAGGAUGUUAUUUAAAGUAUCGUCUCUUUUUAAGAAGAAAGAAGACAUGGUUCCUGGUUUCCCCUUCAGUUUUUUUUAGCCAAAUGCCUUGACUUUAUUGUACAAAGUGCAAAUAGUUCUAAUGAUGUAUUGAUGAGAGUGCACAAUAAUAAAACAAAAUGGGACCCUG